CUGAAGCUCAUAACCGGACUCCAUUUUACACUCUGCCUCAUUCGCGCUUUGGAGCAGCAGCGGGAGCUUGUCCUUUUGAAAUUGUGGUGAAGGCCGAAAAACACAAGAAAGAUGUCUGACGAAGGGAAGCUCUUUAUCGGUGGCCUCAGCUAUGACACCACUGAGCAGUCACUGGAGGAGGCCUUUUCCAAGUAUGGAACAAUUGCAAAAGUCGAUGUUAUCAGAGAUCGUGAGACAGACAGGUCCAGGGGCUUUGGAUUUGUUACAUUUGAAAACCCAGAUGAUGCCAAGGAUGCCAUGGCUGCAAUGAAUGGAAAGUCUAUUGAUGGGCGGAUGAUUCGUGUUGAUGAAGCUGGCAAGUCUGGUGGCCGGUCUGGUGGUUUCAGAGGUUCUGGUGGUGGCAGAGGAUUUUUCAGGGGAGGCAGAGGAAGAGGUGGUGGUGGAUAUGGUGGAGACAGGAGCUAUGGAGGAGAUCGGGGAUAUGGCAGCAGCGAUAGAAGCUAUGGUGGUGAUCGUGGUUAUGGAGGUGGUGAUAGGAGCUAUGGCAGCAGUGGUGACAGGAGCUAUGGCAGCAGUGGUGGCUACUUCAACAGGAGUGGAGGCUACUCAGGUGGUGGAGGAUAUAGAGACAACAGGAACCAAGGUGGUUAUGAGCGUUCAGGAGGAUCCUACAGAGACGACUAUGACAGCUAUGGUAUGUACAGAACUCAAAUUGCUUGAAACAAAUAAUUAUAACUGAUUUGCAAGAAAGGGGUUGAUGAGUCUGUUCUGUCCUGGUUCACAUACCAGUCCAAUGACUGUAACAGCCGUACUGAGACCUUUUUAAACAAUGGCAGAAUAUGGCAAAUUAUAGCUAAUGCUGCACUCUGGAAAGGUCAAAUUUCCAACUUGCUUCCAAAGUCUACCAGUGGACUUAAUGUAUGCUAGGAGAUUGAGAUGAUUGAGUUAACCAUAAAAUUAUGAAAAUACCACACCAUUUAGUGGUGUCAGUUCAUUUAUUUGGAAAGGAUGUCCAAAUGCUCCAGUGCCUUUACUCUUACCUGCUUCUUGUCCUCAGCUGCGCACGAGUAAAAAAAAAUCCUGAUUCCAAGACCAUCCCUUCGCUGGCUGUAUUUAAGAUGUGCUCUUCGAAGAAUCUUUGAUUUUCACUUUGUUUAAUUUUGAGUGUCUGCUACUCUGCAACUUAAACCAUACUGAUAGCAUCUUGCAGUCCUUUUUUAAUUUUUUUAUUUUCGAGUUUGAGCUACCCUGCUCUCUGAGAGGAGGGCUUAAUAGUCAUUCUUGGGCAUUUAAUUGCUGUAAAUGUUAAAGCUCAUUUAGAUUACCUGUACAUACAGUUGUUCCAUGAGAAAACAUGGGUUUUCUUUCCUUUUGUAUCUGUAAUGAAGUCUCACUGUUUUGAACCAUGUGUGAAAUCUCUGACCAGUUCAGCACAGCCUGAUAGCUUCUAAGAUCAAUUGAUGGGAAACUUUGGACCAAUUUCCACUUUAAAAUGGCUCUGGGUGGGGGAAAAGACGGGCGUCAAGCAGAAUUUUACUCGGACGUAUCUGCCUCUCAAAAAAUUAACCAUAUCAUUCCUAAAAGAAGCUUGCCAAGCUGUGAUGUGCUCUUGGGGUGACUUGCAUCCUUGGUGUUGCAGAAGACUUGUAAAUGUUCAGUAUCCAAAGAGUGAACUACUUUAAAGCCUCAGUUGAUCAUGACGUUGAAUGAUCUUCUCAGGGUGGCCUGAGGUACUUUACUCUUUGUGAGGUUUGAAUAUUAAAAAGUACUCUUUAUGAACGUAAUUUAAAUCGAUCUCUUAAUGUCAAUUUUGUUCCCUCUGGUGGGAAAAAUGUGCUCUGUUCUGUGUACCAACACCUGCAAUUUUUGUUCCUUUUUGUAAAAAAAUUUGGCUUCAUGAAGCCCAUUAAACAAGUUGCUGAACAUG